UCAACUAUGUCAAAAUUAAUUCACAAUCAAAAUAACUAUUUCAAUUUUUAUUUUUUUCAAAACAUUUAUAACUAAUAAUAUUGAAUUGAUUCUAUAUUAUACCAAUCAAUUAAAAUAACAAAAAAAUUAUGAAAAUGCUGAAAUCACAUUGAUAGUUGACCAAUAAUUAGCCAAGUUCAUGUGAUUCAAUCAUGCCUAUCUGUCUCUCCCUAGUGCUCAAGUCGCCGGGUUUUAUCCACGGGUCAAAUCAACGAACCCGGUCCAUUUACCCGGACCCACCCGAAUGUGCUCCGCAGUUGUACAGUUGUACCCGCGACUUCUUUAUUACUCUCCUCUCAUUCAACUUUAUAAAUAUCUGGUCUGCCUAUUUCUAUGUUUAUCCCCCACAAAUAUCACCUCACAAAUUGCUUAUUUCUGAAAUAUCUAACCAUUUUUUAUUUUUUUAUUUUAUUUUAUUAAAUCUAAAAAUAUUUACCGUGUCAGCGUUAUUUAGAAAAAAGGAAAAAAAAGGAACAGCUGGAUUUUUUUUUAUUUUUUUACUAUAAAUACUAAAUAAUGAAUUACAGAAUACAGAGACGCAUGAUAAAAAAAUUCAAAUUGCUCGAGGGAGCUCACAUCUAAUGAUUCAAUUGACGUCGUCUAUGGCGAAAUAGUUGAAACGAAGAAGGAUUUAUCGCCAGCUGGAAACGACGACGUCAAAUCGCCCUGUGUUUUCUCUCUCUCCUUGAUUACUUGCCAUUUCAUAUCUCCUCAAGGAAUUCUCCGGCGCCGAAAACCUAGGACGGAUAACUAAUCACUUCCGUAAGUGUUGAAGCACAGUAUUCUACAGGCACUGCGGAAGGCUUGGUUUAGUUGUUGAGUUAUCUGUUCUAGUUGUUUUCUCAGAAAAUUCGUCAUUGGAGAUUGAUUUUUAGCUCUCUCGCAGAGAAAAUUACGUAGGGGUUAAAAUAUAUGUGCCUUGGAUCGCAACCACUUUUUUAGUCUUGUAGGUAGGGGAAAAUGUUAAAUUAUUGGCGCAAUCAUGACAUUGUCUGGAUUGCAGCCUCCUUUGUCUAUUGUCAGUUGAUUGUACUAGGAUAUCAAGGUGUAAAGGAGUUAGCAUCGUCAUAAAAAUCAUGGAACAAACGACAGAGAAGAAGUUUCCUCUCAAUGCUAAAGAUUACAAGUUAUACGAGGAAGUUGGAGAAGGUGUCAGUGCUACUGUUUACAGAGCUCUUUGUAUACCACUUGAUGUGAUAGUGGCAAUCAAGGUUCUUGAUCUUGAGAAGUGCAAUAAUGACUUGGAUGGCAUCCGGCGGGAGGUACAAACAUUACUUUUGAUUGACCAUCCAAAUGUCUUGCGAGCUCACUGCUCCUUCACUACUGAACAUAAUCUAUGGGUUGUGACACCGUACAUGGAUGGUGGAUCUUGCCUUCAUAUAAUAAAAUCAGAUUAUCCAGAUGGUUUUGAGGAGCCUGUUAUUGCUACAAUAUUGCAUGAGGUUCUCAAAGCUCUGGUGUAUCUCCAUGCCCACGGACAUAUUCACAGAGACGUGAAGGCUGGAAACAUACUGAUUGAUUCUGAUGGUACUGUUAAAUUGGCAGACUUUGGAGUAGCUGCAUGCAUGUUUGAUACUGGUGAUCGUCAACGUUCUAGAAAUACCUUUGUCGGAACCCCAUGCUGGAUGGCCCCAGAAGUCAUGCAGCAACUGCAUGGAUAUGAUUUCAAAGCAGAUAUCUGGUCAUUCGGAAUAACAGCACUUGAACUUGCUCAUGGUCAUGCACCGUUUUCCAAGUACCCACCUAUGAAGGUUCUGCUGAUGACCUUACAAAAUGCACCACCAGGGCUAGACUACGAAAGAGAUAAAAGAUUCUCUAAGUCUUUCAAAGAAAUGGUUGCUGCUUGCUUGGUAAAGGACCCGAAGAAACGUCCCAGCUCCGAAAAGCUUUUGAAACACCCUUUCUUUAAACAUGCUCGAUCAGUUGACUAUUUGUCUCGUACUAUCCUUGAAAGCUUGUCUUCUCUAGGUGAACGUUUUAGGAUGCUUAAGGCUAAAGAAGCAGAUCUUCUUGUACGAAAUAAAGCGUUGUACGAGGACAAGGAGCAUUUAUCACAGCAAGAAUACAUUCGAGGAAUCAGUGCAUGGAACUUCAAUCUAGAGGAUCUGAAGAAUCAAGCUGCCCUUAUUCAAGAUUAUCCCAUUUCAAAUUCAGAAGAAUCAAGUGUGAGUGGGAAGCACAUGAACGGGCAAGAUGAUGUUGGUUCUCCUGUGAAUAGGAUGUACUCUGAGCGGGUUAACCUUUCUAGUGUUGCAUCUAAGUUGGAGGAUGAGCUCGAUGGUAUUGAUGAUUUGGAGAGUUCGCUUGCUGACUUUCCUAUAAAACCUCUUCAGGCUCUCAAAGGUUGUUUUGAUGUAUGUGAGGAUGAUAUUGGUAGCCCGAUUUCGAGAGAUUCUACUCAUUCAGAUACUGAACAACAAAGUGAACAACAGCCAUCAAGAAUUGCUAUGGAACGAGAAUCGGGAACAGAUGAGGAAUCUGGUCGAAUUGGCACCAUUCCAUACUUUGUCCCUGCAGAGCAGGAGAAAGUUUCCAGUGGCUUCAUGCUGCAGGAUAAUGUUCUCUCUGCUAAAAAGUUUAGUGGUGAUGUAGACAGGGAAUAUAUGCAACCAAGAUUCCAGACUGACCGAAGUUCUUCACUGCAGUAUCGGCAAAAGAAAGAUUUUAAUAAUUUUACAGCUGGGGAUGAUACGUUUGAAGGUGCUGUUGUUGAACGCAGAGGACGUUUUAAAGUCACAUCAGCAGAUCUGAAUCCUAAGGGUCCCGCGAACUACCUUAACUCAGCUUCGAGUAGUUCCGCAAGCCCAUCAACUCCAAGCCAUUCAGCUGCUUUAAUUCUCCCGAUAUUGCAAUGCAUAUUGCAGCAGAAUACUAUGCAAAGAGAAGAGAUAAUUAAAUUGGUUAACUUUGUUGAACAAACCUCAGGCAAUCCUGCUGAUUUGACCGAGUCAGGAAUAAAUAGCCUUUCACAGCUAAUCCCUAGUUCUGCAAAGGAGCGAGAGUUGCAAGCUCAUAUGAUUCAAAUGCAACAAAGCAUCGGAAGCCUGGUUGAAGAAUUACAAAGACUCAAGACCAAGAAUACUCAGUUGGAAAGGAAACUAAACGCAAUGCUCAAGAAAGACGACACUAUACCAGAAUAACCUAACAAGGGAAAAAAAAAGUUUGAUGCCCACGCAUAAUCAUUUUCUCUUACCUCAUAUUUUCUUGUAUUUUCCAUUUUUCUUUGUUUUUUGGUUGCUAGUUUUUCCUACGAUUUCUGGGAACUAGCUUUCGGGUGAUUUUAAUUUUGUGUGCCAUGUGGUGGUUGCAGUUUUAUGUAUAUAACAUGCUGUGUAUUUUAAUUUACUUUUAUUAUUGGAUA